AUCGCGAUGACGUCACAGACGUGAAAAUAGCAUGAUAGCAGGCUCAGUUAUUCUGACGUUUCGCGCUUGCUCCUUGCUCUUUCGGUUUUUUCCUUGUCAAGUGGUUUGCAUUGGAUGUCACACUGAUUCGUCUCUGCCAACGUUGGUCCCUGCGGUCUCGGUUGCGGUAGUAGCAACUUCAUCCCAUCUGCCGGCGCUGCGCAGCUCGUCGCACACUGCUGCCCGUUGUAGUGGGUGUAGCUUCGAAGCCGAGAACUUCAAGCCGUAUUCAGUCAGUCGGUGUGGUGUACUGCUCGGAAUGGCUUCGGCUCUGCAGAAGGAUGUCCUGGAAAAGUUCCAGAAGGAGUUCCUAAAGGACCCAAAGAACAGGCUGGCCCAGAAUGUUUGCACCAAAGUGGACUUGAAGGAUGUGUACCUCAGCCACCAGACCUCCACCAAUGUACAUCACGUGGUGUCUCACAAGGUGGACAUCGAGGGCAAGCCUGUGACCAACCAGAGGGUCUCCGGUCGCUGCUGGAUCUUCGCCUGUCUCAACGCCAUCCGUGUGCCCAUGAUGCGGCACCUUCAGCUCGAGGAGCUGGAGCUGAGCGCGGCCUACCUCUUCUUCUGGGACAAGGUAGAGCGGUGCAACUUCUUCCUGAACAGCAUGGUGGAGACAGCGCGCAGGGGGGAACCCGUGGACGGGCGCCUGGUCUCGUUCCUGCUCAAGGAUCCCCUGAACGACGGUGGACAGUGGGACAUGCUGUACAACCUUAUCACAAAGUAUGGCCUCAUGCCCAAGAGGUGCUUUGCCGAGACCCUCUGCUCAGAGUCCAGCGGCCGGCUCAACACGUUGCUCAGUAGCAAGUUGCGAGAGUAUGCCAGAGAUUUGCGCCAACUCGUUGAGAAAGGCUGCUCAGAUGCCGACAUCCAGCCAAGGAUCGAACAAAUGAUGGAGACGGUGUACCGCAUAGUGUCCAUCUGCCUGGGCACCCCCCCCACAACCUUCACCUGGGAGUACUACAACAAGAACAAGGUGUACUGCUCCCUGGGGCCCACGACGCCGCUCGAGUUCUAUGAGAAUGUGGUCAAGCCGCACUUCAACAUGGACGACAAGAUCUGCCUGGUACACGACCCCCGGCCAGAGAACCCCUUUGGCCGCACGUACACGGUGGAGUACCUGGGCAACAUGGUGGGUGGCCGCCGGGUCCUCUACAACAACCAGCCCCUCGAGGUGCUCAUGCAGAUGGUCGUGGACUCCGUCAAGGCCAACGAGGCUGUGUGGUUUGGCUGCGAGGUUGCCAAGAUGUUCGACCUCAAGCGCGGCAUACUGGACCUGGCCCUACAUGACUACGAGUCCGUGUUCGGGACGGAGGUGUGCCUUGGCUUGAGCAAGGCGGAGCGGCUGCUGUACGGAGAGUCCCUCAUGACCCACUCCGUGCUCUUCAGCGGAGUCUCGCUCGACGCGGAAAACAACCCUGUCAAGUUCCGCGUAGAGAACUCUUGGGGCGACGACAGUGGAGAUAAAGGAUACAUCAUCAUGACUCAGGAAUGGUUCCGGGAGUUUGUGUUUGAAGUGAUAGUGGACAGGAAGUUUGCAUCUCCCGAGGUGCUGGCCGUGAACGAAAAGGAACCCAAAGUGCUACCGGCCUGGGAUCCCAUGGGUGCUCUUGCACGCUGUUGAUUAUGCAACAGGAUUAUGUGAAAAAGAAAAGUAAAAAAGUGCAUUUAUAUUCUUGCUAGCAUCUGCAACUUUACAGAGUUUAACUUUUCAUGCUUGUCAUGUGUAAUUUUAUGUCAGCAUGCCAGUGUGGAAUUGAAGUUUGUUCGGAAUGCAUGAUGUCCUCUUCGGUUAUCAGCAAAUUUUCUCAGUUUUGUCAUUAAAGGGUAAAUUAUGUUUGCACCUGA